AUGAAUCAAGACGGCAUCAGACCUCUACGAAGCAGCAAGAUAAACACCAUUUCAGACGGUCUACUUCCCUCAGAUUCCUUCAAGUAUCUCACUUGGCACGAGUUAAAAGAACAUGAUGUUCCAGGAAAUCAGAUUCGUUGCCCCCGAGUGAGAGAAGGGCCUUCAGAAGAAGAGCUAUUUUUCAGAGGAGAAGAAGAUGUCUUGCGAGCAAGAAAACAAGUAACAGAAAAAGAGAAAUGGCAACAGAGGCUGCAAGAAAACUGGGAAAACUGUGCAAAUUUGAACCUUUCAUUUCAGGACUUGGGCGACCUUUACCAGCUAGAAAACUUUAACAGGAUUCUCCGGAGAUUAAUUCGCGUGGAAAGGCUUUGGUUGGUGGACAAUUCUUUGACAGACCUAAGUGCCAUAAGGUUGCCAAGAUGCAAAGAAUUAAAUGUCAGUAAAAAUCAUUUUACAUCCUUGAAACAGCUGCCAAAGAUACCUCAGAUUCGUCACUUGUCACUGGCUGAUAACAACAUUGAGACACUAAGUGGGAUAUCAGACUUGAGAUCUACUCCACUCGAAUCCCUUAUACUCAAGAGGAACCCCUGUGAGUUUAAAGAAAACUACAGGCAGCUAGUGUUCUCCAAUUUGCCAAACUUGAGAACGCUGGAUGGGGUCCCAAAGCUGCCAGAGGAUUGUCCACCUCCAGAGAUCAGUUUUCGUUCAAAAAUGUGCACCAUACUGUAGCACUGUAUUUUGUAUCAUAAUGGAGCUAAUGGAAUUGCCAUAGUUAACAGAACUAAUAAAUCCAGUACAUACACUUUUUUUUCUGAUC